ACGGUGAGCACUGCAAAGACUGUGAAACCGCGUGAAUCUGCAUACAAGGAACUUGGUCUUGCGAAUGAUCAACCGGAAAAAAAUGAUGCUGUUGGAUCUGAGGUGUCAGAAGGUUUGCUUUCUUGGAUUGCGCAACCGAGGCGGAUUGACCGGGUACCGUUUGUUCCAGUGUCAAAUGAAAAGGAGCACGUUGAAGAGAGCAAUGUCGACGAACGUUAUAUGUCCGUUCGCGUUGUGCGUAGCGUACGUGAUUACAUCAAGAAAAAAGAGGGUAUCGAAUUGAUGGAGAGAAUCAAACAACAGCAACAAGCAGAAGUAUUGCAUUUC